GGAGUUGCUGCUUGCAACACACAUUCCUGCAAUUUCAGCUAGGACCUGGGACAAUGGCUCUCUUCUCUCCUUUAACUCCUGUGUUUAUUGCUAUUUUAUGCAUUGUAAUUGUGGCUAUGCUGAAAGGAUUCAAGAAGAAAAGCAAAAAGCCUAAGGCACCUACAAAAUCCGCAUCUGAGUCUCGGCCCUGGGUAGAUGAAGAUCUCCAAGACAACACAGAACUUAAUCUAGAUGAAGAAGAUAAUGAUGACUGGACACACAGGGAAGUCGACGUGCCUCAAAUCCCUUUCUCCCCUUUGCAGCUCUCCGAAGGUGAAAUGCUGCGCAGAUCUCAGCAGUUUUUCGAGCUGCUGAACAAAAGGAGAAGUGUCAGAUUCAUUAGCCCAAAGCCAGUGCCAAGGGAGGUUAUUGACAAUGUCAUCAGAACUGCAGGCACCUCCCCCAGCGGUGCUCACACUGAGCCAUGGACAUAUGUGGUGGUGGCAGACCCAGACAUGAAGCACAAGAUCCGGGAGAUCAUUGAGGAGGAGGAAGAAAUCAACUACAGACAGAGAAUGGGGGAGAAGUGGGUCAAUGAUCUGAAAAGGCUAAGGACCAACUGGAUUAAAGAGUACUUGGACACUGCACCUUAUCUCAUAUUGAUAUUCAAGCAAGUCUACGGAAAGCUAUCUGAUGGGAAAAAGAAAACCCAUUACUACAAUGAAAUUAGUGUUUCCAUCUCCUGUGGGAUCCUGCUUGCUGCACUGCAGAACGUUGGCCUUGUCACAGUUACCACCACACCUCUGAACUGUGGUCCUCAGCUGAGAGUUUUGCUACACCGGCCUGCCAAUGAAAAGCUGCUGAUGCUGCUACCUGUUGGUUACCCAUCAGAAGACGCCACAGUGCCUGAUCUGAAUCGUAAGAAGCUAGAGGAUAUAAUGGUGUUUGUGUAAUAUACCGGGCUGCUUUUGAAAAUGCCUGUAGCAUAUAUCAUGACAUGCACCCUGGAAAGAUAACUAUGCUAAUCAAAGUAAGUGUCUUUAUACUGAGGUGUUUGAAUUAUAAUGGUAUUUGUGCAAGAAAUUAUGACAUGAUUGGUCAGCUUUCAGUCCAAGUACAAUUAUUUUAUAAAGGGGCUUCUGCCUGAAAUUGCUUCUUAAAUAAGUUUUUCUGAUUCUCAAUGGCUUUGUUUCAUAGUGAUUAUGCUUUUUCCUACCACGGUACGUUAUUGUCUUAAUAUCAGUAAAAACUAUACUCCACAUUGUUUUUCUGUCAAGUUCCAUUACCACAUUAAAAAAAGUAUUGUUUCUCUGCUACACUGUUUUAAGCAAAAAUACACUGAUGAGACUAACAUGUACUGUUUGAUGUCUGAUUUUCAUUGUGUUUUUAUUAGUUAAUUAAACACUCAAUAUUUGGCUA